AUGCCAACGCCCCAGCUCAAGCGAGGCCUCAAGACGGGCGGCGAGUGCAUCGCCCUCGGCUCGCUCGCGGGCCUGCCGCCGCAGCCCAUGCGCGCCGUCCUCCUCUCAGUCAAGAAUGGGGACAAACUGAUGGUCCGCUUCAUCGGCAAGAGCGGCGACCGCGGCAACAAGCUGCUGCUUCCGUCGCCGCCGAUCCAGACGGUGGACUGGGACGCGGUGAUGCCUCUGCCGUUGGCAGGCCCCGCGCCGGACGCCCGCAAGCGCCGCAAGAAGAAGCGGCGGCGCGUCCUCCACCCCGAAGCCACGGGCUCGGGCAACGACUCCGAGACGCCGAUGAUCUCCGAGGCGGGGUCGGAUGCGGAGGAGCGGGAGAAGCGGCGUCGGCGGGCGGGCGUCGGCGUCGACGACGACGUUGACGGAGAGUCCGACGAAGAGGACGACGACGACAACGGCACCGGCGGCGACGGCGGCGACGGCGGCGGCGUCAGCGACGGCGGGGAGUCCGCCGAGGUGGGCGCGAUGCGGCCGACGCGGCGCACGUCUCGGUGCGCCGACGACGCCGUCGCGAGGUUCGAGCGGUCGGUGGGCGCGCGCGACCUCGGGCUGCGCUCCGCGCUGCGGCUGCACCCGCGCGUCCUCGCCCAGCCGCUGGCGGUGCAGCGGUUCUGCCGCGUGCACGUGUCAAACGGCGCGCUGAUCGACGCGGCGGAGCGUCAGAUGCUGCUCGAGCUCGCGGCGCGGAUCGGGUGGGCGAGCGACGCGCACGGCUCCGCGCCGCCCGCCGCGGGCCCCGCGCCCGCGUGCAUCUCAAUCGGGAGCCCGAGCCUGCGCGGCGGCCGGCUGGACGAGGACCAGCUCGCGCUGCUGAGGGCGUGCUUUUGCGUGUACCACCGGCUCGCGGCGCUCGUGCACAAGGCGUACGGCGUCGCGGCGCGGCCGCUCCCCCCGUGGCGGGCCGGCGAGUCGAGCGCCAACGUGAGCGCGUGGCGGCGCACCGUGACGCACGGCUUCAGCCUGCAGCGCUUCACGGCGGAGGCAGUCAUGCCGCCGCCGCUCCGCGCGGACGCGCACUUCGCGUGCGUGGUUCCUCUGCUGCACGACCCGUCGACGGCGGGUGGCGGGGGCACGCUCAUCCGCAACGUCGGCGACACGGCGGACGCGGUCGUGCGCUCCUCCCUCGGCUGGCCAACCCUGCAUUGCUCCUGGCUCACUGCGGGAGGAGCGCCCAUCACGCCACCGGCAUUGCGGCCGGGCGCCGCGAGCACGCGCAUAGUGCUCGUCGGGCUUGUCGCCGUCAAGGGCGUCACCGCACGCCUCCCGGCGAGCCUGUCGGCCGUGCCUCCCCCAAUCCCGGACGGGGGCGCCGCCCCCGCCGAGCCCUCCUGCAAGAGGCUUGCCGAGCCCGCCGCCGCCGAGCCCUCCGCCGCCGCCGAGCCCGCCGCCGCCGAGCACACCGCCGCUGGGCCGUCCGCCUCCGCGCCGUCCGCCGCCGAGCCCGCCGCUUCCGCCCCCUCCGCUUCCGAGCCCGCCGCCGCCGCCGCCGCCGCCGCCGCCGCCGCCCCCUCCGCCGCCGAGCCCUCCGCCGCCGCCGACUCCGCCGCCGCUGAGCCCUCCGCUGUCGUCCCCUCCUCCGCUGAGCCCGCCGCCGCCGUCCCGGUCACCGGCGUCCCCGCGGCCGCACCCUCUGCAGCCGUUGUUCCGGCCCCCGCGGCCCUCGCUGCCCAGGCGUUCCCCGCCACAGCGUUCCUUGCGGGAGUCGCUUUCCCAACCGCUGCUUUCCCCGGCCCCGCCGUUUUCCCCGGCUCUGCCGCCUUACCCGCUGCUGCGAAUUUUCCUGCCUCCGUUCCCGCCUCAGCCGCCCUCCCCACCGCGGCUGCAAUCCCCACCGCCGCCGCUUUCCCUGCUGUGGCCUCCUUCCCCGCCGCCGUCAGCGCCGCAGACGCCACCGCCGCCGCCGCCUUGCUCGCCGCCGCCGCCUCCGUUCCCGCUCCCUACGCCGCAGCCCCCUUCUCUGCUGCCGUCCCUCCCGCUGGCGUUGGGGCCAUCCCUGCCGCCGCCGCUUUCCCCGUCGCCUUCCCCGCCUCUGCCGCCUUCCCCGCCACUGCCGCCGCCGUCCCCGCCGCCGCCUUCGUCGCCGCCAUCCCUGACGUCGCCGCGGCGGCCGCCGCGGCCCCGACCAGCGAAGAGCCCGAGGUGGUUGGGCGAGCGGAGGGCGUGCGGGAGGAGGGGGGGCUCGACAAGGACCUCGCCGCGAUCUCCGAGCUGGUCCGCCUCUCACUCGAGGCGCAGCCCGAGGCCAGCGCGUUUGCCGCCGCUGCAGGCGGCGACGGCGGCGAGGAGGGGGACGCCAAGGAGAGCGGCGGCGACACCGCGCCGAAGCAAGCGCGUGCCGCCUCCCCGCUGGCCCGCCUGGCCCUUUCCGGCGGCGGCUCCCAGUCCGGGGGAGACGGCCGCUGGCAGUGCGUCUACUGCGGCCGCUCGCUCGUCAACGCCGGCGCAAAGUCGAACCACGAGCGCUGGUGCAAGCAGCAGCACCAGCAGCAGCACAAGCCGGCAGCCGAGGGGGGGCCGUCAGCGUCUGCCCGCGGCUCGCCGUUGCCCGUGACAGACACCUCCGACGACACUGCAGAGGAGAGCCGCUGGCAGUGCGUCUACUGCGGCCGCUCGCUCGUCAACGCCGGCGCAAAGUCGAACCACGAGCGCUGGUGCAAGCAGCAGCACCACCACAAGCCGGCGGCCGAGGGGGGGCCGUCAGCCCCUUCGCGCGGCGGGUCGAGCGAUGCGGCGGCGAGCGACUGGAAGCGGCCGGGAACUUUCCUGCUCGCGCCGACGCUCAAGCCGAGCGACGACGACGAGAAGCGGAUCCGGGUGGGGGAGGCGUUCCAGGCGGCCGUGCCGGACUUUCUGUGCGAGCCCGGGCCGGACGCGACGGGCGCCGCGCGCGAGCCGGAGCUGCUCUACUCUCCGGACGCCGAGAGGAGCGAGGGAGACCCUCUACCCGGCGCCGCACGGCCGGGCCGCUCGUGCGCGCGGAGCGGCGCGUGGCGGCGGCGGAUGGCGACGAUGGAGGAGGCGGAGGGGGAGGAGUCGCGCCCCGCCGCGUCCUCGAGCAAGGCGUCGCCGCGGGCGGCCAAGGAGCCGGCGACGCCGGCGGCGGUGAUCGGCGACGCCGACUCGGACGAGGAGAUCCUGUCGCUCGCGCCAACCGAGGGCUCCGUCCGCGCGCUCAUCGUGGCCGCGCUCGGCGAGGGCGUCUCUGAGCGCGAGGCGAUCGCCGAGCACGCGGCGGCGCACGGCGAUGGGGCGCUUCUGCGGCCGCGCAGCUCGGUAGUGGACGCGCUCUGCCGCGAGGGGAGGGGCCGCAACGUCGAGGCGCCUCUGUGGGUCGGUGUCGACCCCCCGACAGGGGCGCCGCCGCGCGCGGGCUACUACGCCCUCAGCUGCCACGGCCUGCGGCUGCUCAAGGCCCGCGGGGCGAGGCCGCUGCCGCCGUCGGGCGGGCGGGCGGCGCCGAGCGGCAGGGAGCGAGCACCCCCUGCCAAGAUUGAGCCGCCAGAGCCUCCCGCCGCGCCGAAGCCCGACUCGACGCGCAAGCCGUGGACGGCAGAAGAGGACGAGAUCAUCCUGCGGCUCGUGUCCCCGUCGGGCACGGGGAGCACGCGCUUCCAGGCCGCGACACAGAGCUUGCCGUACCGCUCCGAGGACUCCGUCCGCAACCGGUGGAACCGGCUGGUGGCCAAAAAGGGCGGCGGCGGGCCGCCGCCGCCCGCGCCGGCGGAGCGAUCGUCGGGCUCCAAGCGCAAGGCGGCGGUGCUUGAGCCCGCGACAGCCACCACCACCGUGAGCGGCAGCGGUGGAGGCGGGAGGACCCGGGGCGGCGGCGGCGGCGGCGGCGGCGGCAGUGGCGGCGGCAGCAGUGGCGGCGGCAGCAGUGGUGGCGGAAGCAGCGGUGGCAGCAGCGGCGGCGGCAGCGGCGGCGGCGGCGGCGGCGGCGUCAGUGGCGCUGUGGUGGCGCCAACCGAGGGCUCCAUCCGCGCGCUCAUCGUGGCCGCGCUCGGCGAGGGCAUCUCUGAGCGCGAAGCGAUCGCCGAGCACGCGGCGGCGCACGGCGAUUGCGUGCGGCGCGCAGCCAUGCUCCAGAUGUACAACAAGCAGAUCACAACUUCAGUCGAGAACCUGUCGGACAUCUCGACGCAGGCCAUUCUCAUCGCUGGCAUUGCCUGCGCAUCCAUCGGCGGGGAGUCGCUGCAGACCGUCAUGGAGGACGAGGGCCCUGACUUCUACGAAUACAGACUGAACGACUUACCAGCGACCAUCUUCAUAGUCUCCUCUGGCAUCACCGUGAUGGCCAGUCUCUGGAUCAUUUUCGUCUCGUCCCAGCUCAUCAUGAUGACUCGUCGCGCGGCGCUGAUUGGCGCCGCUGCGGAGGAUGUUUACGCUGCUGAUGAAAUCCUAUCGAAACACAUGCAGCGCAUACGCCAGAUGUACGGCUUCUCGAAAAGGCGCGGCGGCAUCAAGGCGGGAUAG